AUGUCCUCUUCCACAAAUGUGGCCAUCAUAGGAAUCGCCUGCCGAUAUCCUGGCGAGGCAAAAUCACCACAAGCCUUUUACGACAUGCUCAUGAGAGGUGAAGAUGCCUGGUCGGAGGUCCCGCUUUCCAGAUUCGACGUGAACGCGUUCCACCACCCGUCGAAAGGACGCCAGGGCAACACAGUUGCUCGUGGCGGCUACUUUUUAAAAGAAGACGUAUCGAAAUGGGACGCCCGCUUCUUUGCUUGCUCGCCAGUGGAGGCUCGUGCCAUUGAUCCGCAGCAGCGUUUACUGCUUGAAGUCGCCUAUGAGAGUCUUGAGAGUGCUGGAAUACCGAUGGCAGAUAUUGCGAACACAGAUACUGGCUGCUAUGUCGGUGCUUUUGGCAACCUGCGUGGCCCGUCUCUAACCCUGGAUACAGCUUGCUCAAGUUCCAUGACCGCAUUGCAUCUUGCGUGCGAGGCAAUCACAUCUGAAUCAAACAGCACGAGAUGCGCUCUUGUUGGUGGUACAAAUCUCAUUUUGGAUCCUGAUGAUUGCUGUUCGCUCAGUGCACUCGGCUUCCUGAGUCCCGACAGUCGAUGUUUCGCUUUUGACUCCCGUGCCAAUGGAUAUGCACGUGGUGACGGUAUAUGCAUGCUGGUCGUCAAGCAUAUUGACGAUGCCAUUCGGGAUGGCGACCCUAUUCGCGCUGUGAUACGGGGAUCUGGCAUCAAUUCAGAUGGCAGAACUGCUGGUAUUACACUACCCAACGGAGAAGCCCAAGAACAGCUGAUUCGCAGAACAUACCAGCUGGCAGGCCUCGAUUUCGCUGAUACGCAAUAUGUUGAGUUCCAUGGUACUGGUACGAAGGCUGGUGAUCCCAUCGAGAUGGGUGCCGUGACUCGAACAAUAGCUGGAAAGUCGAGGUCUACUCUAUAUGGAGGAUCUGUGAAAACUCAGGUUGGACACACGGAGGCCGCAGCUGGUCUUGCUGGCCUCGUAAAGUGCGUACUCGCCAUGGAACAUGGCAUCAUGCCACCUCACUUGAACUUCUCAAAACCUAACCGUCGUUUACGCCUGGGCGACUGCAAUGUCGUCCUCCCAACAUCACCACAGGCGUGGCCCGAAUGCAUGAUUAGGCGAUGCUCUGUCAACAGCUUUGGGUUCGGUGGAACAAAUGCGCAUGUCAUUAUUGACGAGGGGCGAGGUUAUCUGCUCCAUCGCAGUAACGACAAUCCUGUCACAAAUGGCGUUUCUCUCCACAGGCCUCCCGUCCAUGGAAGUCUUUGUGAUGAGGGGAUUCCUGCCGUUAAUGAAACUUUUACUGUUAAUAGAACCCCUGCUGUUGACGGGACGAACGGAUUGACUUCAUCGGAGAAAACUGAAUCAGCUCGAGUUUUUGUCCUCUCUGCCCCAGAUCACGAUACGCUCACACGUCAGCGACAAAGCUAUGCCGGCUACAUAGCAGCGAAGGGGUCCAAUCGAAUACUUGCUGAUUUGUCCUACAGCUUAUGCAAGCGCCGCUCUACCUUCCAGUGGCGCCAUGCUGUCACAGCUACAUCCAUUGACGAUCUGGAGCGGCGCUGGAGAGACGACAGCUCUCAAGCCGUGUCAGCCAAGCCCAAGCACCGAGUCCUAUUUGUGUUUACUGGUCAGGGAGCACAGUGGUACGCGAUGGGCCGGGAGUUGAUAAAGUAUGACGUCUAUAAUUCCUCGAUCAGAGAGUCUGCAGCCUAUCUGAAAGGACUGGGCUGUCCGUGGGAUGCCUUGGAUGAACUCAUGUCCGCAGAGGAGUCAUCCAACGUUUACCUGCCCGAAUACUCCCAGCCCCUGUGCACAAUCCUUCAGAUCGCACUUGUGGAUUUGCUAGCACAUCUUGGAAUUCACCCGUCUGCGGUUGUCGGCCAUUCCUCUGGAGAAAUUGCUGGCGCGUACGCCGCAGAUGCGUUGGCAAAGGGCGACUGCCUCAGAAUUGCGUAUUACCGCGGCGUGGUAUCUAAAAAGGCUCAUGCGCAGUUUCCUGGAGGCGGCAUGAUGGCUGUCGGUUUAUCGCCUGAAAGCGUCCGACCGUAUCUCUCUGAGUCCAAGGACUUGGUGUCCAUUGGAUGUGUCAACAGUACUUCAAGCAUUACUCUGACCGGAGACAGAACCGCGUUGCUUGCGUUAAAGGGUAAACUGGACGCCGAACAGAUAUUCUGCCGUCUGCUUGCCGUCGAGAAUGCAUACCACAGUAUGCAAAUGCGUGGAGUGAGCGAGGAGUACCGAAAGUGCAUCGGCGACUUUACUCCGCAAAGCCCUACAACGCCCAUCGCAUACUACUCUACAGUAUAUGGCAAAAUGAUUUGCAGCAGCCAACUCGGACUCGACUACUGGGUGCAGAAUCUCUACAAGCCCGUGGAGUUUGUUGCUGCAUUAGAUGACAUCAUGUACGCGGACGCUGGCAAACAGUGGCUGAAGAGCGAAGACAUGUUGCCAAGCAUCAUGCUUGAGAUUGGCCCUCACUCAGCUUUAGGUGGUCCAAUCAAGCAAGUCAAAAUGGCUCGUGGAGUCCUACAGGGCAUGGAGUAUUACUCUGUCCUCUCGCGUGGGAGUGAUGCGUCACACACGUUCGCCGCGACAAUUGGCUCUUUAUGGAUGCAUGGGGUAGCACUAGACCUCGACAAGCUGAACCGACCGAGUAGAUCGAGUCAGCGCCCGCGGCCCCUGACAGACUUACCACUGUAUAGUUGGAAUCAUUCCACCUCUUAUUGGCACGAAACCCAAGCGGCGAAGAAUAUCAACUGGCCAGACGCAGCUAGACAUGAUUUACUAGGAUCCCUGGUGAAUUCUCACGAUUUAUUCCAGCCUAUAUGGCGAAAUUGGUUACGCCUCUCGGAAUUACCUUGGCUCAGAGACCACCAGGUCCAAGGCGACGUGGUCUUUCCCGCAGCCGGUAUGAUUUGCUCGGUAAUUGAGGCACUCCAACGGCAGUCAAGACGGAGUGGCAACCAAGGAACUAUUUCAUGGUUUGAAUUGCGUGAUAUUUCCAUCCCGGAGCCGUUAGUUAUCCCAACCGACGAUAUCGGCGUGGAGAUCCAGCUGCGCUUGCAUCCAGACAAGCAAAGCAACUCCUCUAGGUGGUUUAGGUUCUCUUUUUCGUCUUGUUCCCAAGGGAAUACGUUUGUACAGCACAUGCAAGGCCUUGCUCAGAUUCAGUACAGCGGAUCUACGACAGGGGUUGACGGAGGCAAGGAAUCGAGGGAAGAAGCGAUGCAGUUUCAGAUGCAGCUGCAAAGCUGGCUCGCCAAAGACACUCAGCUCCUCACAAGGGACGAGUUUUACGAGACUUCUAAGAAACAGGGCAUCAGCUACGGCAAAACCUUUCAGGGCAUAUCAAAACUUCACCAAGAUGGCCUGACAUCCUCAUUUGAGCUUCAGAUUCAAGAUGUAGCCUCUCACAUGUCUGACUCACACGAGAGCGAUUAUAUCCUUCACCCCGCCACCUUGGAUGCCAUGCUCCAUCCAAUUUUGGCUGCCACCGCACUGGACUUUAUACCAACACAAUCCUGGGUUCCCACCUCGAUCACCUCUUUGCAAAUAUCGAGCAGUAUUCCAAAAUCACCUGGUACGUCCCUCCGUGGAAUUUGCACGCCUCGUCUCGUCCAGUCUGGGGAGAUGCUUGUGAAUAUCUCGGUCGGGCAUGGUGCCACUCUCGACUCCUCGCCUACGGUUGUCAUUGAUGGCCUUACCAUGACCGGGCUUGGGGCUCUCCACGACUCUCCACGGUCCUUCGAAGAAGUAAAUGCGGCCAAAUUAUAUUCUCACCCGGUCUGGGAGCUUGACCCGAACCUUCUCAAACCAUCAGAACUGAGGAAAUCGGCCGAUGAAAAGUAUGGGCGGGACCUCAAUAUGGCCGAGUUCUGCUCGGAGAGCUGGGCUCUUGUCAACGAACUGUGCCGGCACGCAAUUCCAAUACUUGAACCAACCUUGAAAUGCUCAUCGUUGCUUCCUCAUUUGUACAAAUAUUUUGACUGGAUGACGCGACGCUGUGAAGUUGUGGAUGGCAUCAAAAUGCCAAACGGCGGUGCAGUUGACACAUCUGCAAGCCGGCGAAAAAUGACGAACGGGACAGCCCAUCGUGACGAUGAUCCAUUCGCCCAAAAUCUGACAGACAUCAUAACCCAUUCCGAAGUUGAUUCGAUCGCACAAAAACUGUGCGUCUUUCGCCAGAAAUAUCCUGUUGAUGGAAAGCUUCUUGAGACGGUUUUCAACUCCCUGGGGAGCAUCUUCUCAGACGAGGCUGUGCCCCUUGCGGUUCUCAUGGCGGAUGACAGCCUCCCCGGGCUUUACCGCGAGGCCUAUGGCCUACCUGUAAAUAUGCAAAUAUUCAGAGAUUGGUUUGAUCUGAGAGCAAACAAGACGCCCGAUAUGAGAGUAAUUGAGAUUGGUGCCGGCACUGCCUCGACGACACUGCCAAUCUUGCAAAGGCUAAGCGCCGGUUCAUCCGCAGCGCGCUUCUCCAACUGGGCAUUCACUGAUAUUUCUCCUGGAUGGUUUGAAAAGGCAAAAGCGGUGCUUGGUGAAUGGAGUGAGCGAGUGGAUUACAAGGUGCUGGAUAUCGAUAAGAAUCCACUCGAACAAGGGUUUGAAGCCGAGUCAUAUGACGUUUUGUUGGCUGUCAACGUACUCCACGCGACAAAGGAUAUUGCGAGGACUCUCCAGCAUUGCUGGCAGUUGUUGAAGCCGGGAGGAAAAGUGGUGCUUGGUGAAUACACGAACCGUGAUGACCCAAUCAAUUUUAUCACCGGUAUUCUCCCAGGGUGGUGGGCUGCUGAGGAUGGCAGAGAAAAUGGGCCCUUAUUGGACACGUCAGAAUGGGAAUCUGCGCUCGUGCACGCUGGUUUCUCUGUUCCUGAGAUUGUCCUAUCCGACAACGAUGACGAAAAGUUCUACAGACUAUGUAACAUUGUCAGUACAAAGGUGGCGCGAGAAGGUCAGACGUCAUCCAAGAGUAUUACGGUUAUACUCCCCGACCAUACUCCGGAUCUUGUCAAAGAUCUUGCCAGCUUAAUUUCGGCAGCCUUAGCACCACUCGGCAUGGACAUUGUCGUCUCAGGUCUCAGUUCACUACCUGUUGGUGCAGAUCGCGGUACUGUCAUCUCCCUUCUCGAAUAUGGUUCGCCUAUCUUUGAAGAAAUCGAUGAGAGUACAUUCAAAAAAGUCCAACGCAUCCUCCUCCAAUGCAAAGAGGUGCUGUGGGUUACAAGAUCAGACGGAACUGAUGGGGCCAGUAAUCCCAGUACUCGCAUGAUAUCUGGUCUAUUGCGCACCGUCCGCUCUGAAGACACAUCCCGCCGGCUACAUGAAUUGCACUUUGCAAGACAGUUGAGCAACGACGGCUUGCAGUCCGCGUGCUCUGUCAUCCGCCACCGCCUACACAGUCUCCAACAUCCCGUCCCGGGUGAGCUGGAGGAAGUGGAAACUAUGGAGCGCGAUGGCCAAUUCUUUAUCCCGCGCUAUAUACCUGAAAACACCAUGAAUGAUAGCCUGGCUAGGGGCAACCAGAUGGACGUGGCGCCGAGGACUGCGAGCCUGGUCCAGGCAGGUCGGCCCUUGAAGUUGACCAUCUCGCAGCCGGGUAGGCUAGACACACUUCAAUUCAUUGACGACAAUUCCGCUUCUGAGCCGCUACGCGAGAAUGAGGUUGAAGUAGAGGUGCAAGCAUGCGGCUUAAAUUUCCUUGACGUUAUGGUCGCGAUGGGAGAAAUUCCACGAUCUAGUUUCGGCGUUGAGGCUGCUGGCAUUGUUCGGGGGGUUGGUGUCAAAGUAGAGGAUUUCGUUGCCGGCGACCGAGUUCUGCUGAUGGUGCCAGGCGUGAUGCGAACCGUGAUGCGCGCAUGCCCGUCCUCUCUGCACAAGAUACCAGCUGGUAUGUCUCUUGAAGACGCCGUCUCCAUCCCUGUCGUAUAUGCGACCGCCUACCAUUCACUUCUGGAACUCGCGAGGUUGCAAGAAGGCGAAUCUGUACUGAUUCAUGCGGCUGCCGGAGGCCUUGGUCAAGCCCUCAUCCAAAUCGCCAAGAUGCUGCGAGCAGAGAUAUACUGUACGGUGGGCAGCGAGGCCAAGAAAAAGGCCAUCAUUGCGCUUGGUGUGAAGCCAGACAACAUAUUCAGCUCAAGAGGACUCUCCUUCGAAAAGGGAAUCAAGCGCGUAACCCAGGGCCGCGGCGUUGACGUUAUCGUUAAUUCACUCGCAGGUGAGGCGCUGCGCAGAAGCUGGCUCUGUCUCGCGCCAUAUGGCAGGUUUGUAGAAGUGGGCAAGAUGGAUCUGAUGAGUAACAACGGGCUCGAAAUGAGGCCAUUCUUGACUGGCACAACUUUUUCGGGCUGCAACUUGGAGUACAUGAUGCUGAAUGACCCACUCCGGGUAACGGCUCUGCUCUCGAAGGUAAUGCGGCUGUUUGAGAGAGGCGUCGUAAAGCUUGUGCGUCCAAUUACCGUCCACGACUUCUCAGACGUCGAGCUUGCGUUCCGCGAGCUACAGCGGGGUGCGCACAUCGGCAAGCUCGUUCUCCGCGUCACGGCCGAGUCUCGCGUCCCCGUCCUACCGCCAAAAUCCGUCGACAUGAAGCUCAAGGCAGACGGCACGUAUGUGCUCGUCGGUGGUCUCGGCGGCUUGGGUAGAGGGCAGGCGUUGUUUAUGGCGAAGCAUGGCGCACGCCAUCUGGGAUUCAUCUCUCGCUCGGGAGGCGUGAGCAAGGAUGCGCAGGCCGUCAUGAAGAGCCUGGCCGAGCAAGGUCUUCAGGCAAAGGUAUACGCGGGCGACAUUACCGACCGAACUACGUUGAAAGCAAUACUAGACGACAUAUCCAAAUCGAUGCCACCAAUUCGGGGAGUGAUACAAGGCGCCAUGCAACUGGAUGACUCCGUCUUCCAUAAAAUGAGCUAUCGUCAAUGGAUGGCCGCAACAAGACCCAAGGUUCAAGGAAGCUGGAAUCUGCACGAGCUACUGCCCGAUACUCUAGACUUUUUCAUCAUGCUCUCCUCUUUGGCAGGUAUCAUUGGCUCUGUGUCGCAAGCAAACUACGCAGCCGGAAACACAUACCAGGACGCAUUGGCCCAUUACCGUCGCUCCAAGGGACUGCCGGCACUGAGUAUUAAUCUGGGUAUAAUUCGCGGACUGGGCUAUGUGGCCGAGCACAAGGAUGUGGCCGCUCGCCUUGGGCAAUUUGGGCUCGCCAGUGUCAACGAAUCCCAGUUCUUCCAUCUCCUUCAGUGUGCUAUCGCAGGCACGGCGGACAACCAGAGCCGGCUGCCAGACCAGCUCCUUACUGGUGCCGGCUCCGGUGGCGCCAUGCGGGCCGCGCAAAAAGCCGAAACCGAAGUCAACCUGUCCUGGUUGGAUACGCAGGCUGCGUUCUCCCACCUGCGCCGGCUGGGUGACGAGACUGCGAAAGCGGAGACGGGGGGUUCCCAGGACGGGGGCAAGACGAAGCAGCUCGUCGGCGAUCUAGGGUGUGCCAAAACCAUGGACCAGGCCGCGCAGACGGCGCAGCAGAUUCUGCUGGAGAGGAUGGCGCGGGUCAUUUCAAUUUCUGUCAGCGACAUUGACACGUCCAAACCUGUGUAUGCCUAUGGCGUCGAUAGUCUUGUGGCCGUGGAGCUGAGGAACUGGCUGGCUAUGGAGCUGAAGAGCGAGCUGAGCAUCUUUGACUUGACGAGCAAUGCGCCGAUUAGUGAUGUUAGUCUGAAGAUCGCGAGUAGGUCCUUGUUGGUGCCGGCGGAUGUGAAAAUUGGGAAGGGUGAAUAA